AUGCUGACUGAACACUGGUUAAAUAGGAUCGACUGUUUCGUACGUCGCUUUCUGGAUGAGGAGGGCUUCACAACCACCCUCCUGGUGGAAGUUCUUUGCCACGCCCAAACAGUGCAGAAGACAGACUUGAUGGAACAUCUCCUCCCCGCGAUUUUGCAUCCAGCAGUCUCAUCUUUCCAGUUGCAACAGUUUUCGUCCCGUCGAAAACAUGACUCAUGCAGCAGCGAGGACUACCCAUUUUCUUCGUGGCCACAAUACGAUUGGCUUGAUCAGACAGGUGAACAGGAUGCUGCUGUCGUCAUGUCUUUGUAUCGUCACCUUGCCAAAGACAGUUUGAACAUCGCAGGGCAACUCCUGACAAAGAUCGCAAAUGACAUUGCAACUAUCCACGACGACGACCUCAACACGUUCAUCAUCCCGCUCCUGCGCGAAAUGAUCGACAUCACCAUACUUCAACCAGCAGAGGCCUCUCGAUUCUAUUUCGAAGCCAUCUCUACAUAUAUUAAAAGGAAGGUUGGGAGGGGGCCUCCAAAACGCAGGCGCUGGCAAUUGCAAUGGCAAAUCAAAGCUCACCAGGCCCAAUCCUCUCUUCGGUCCCUGCCUGAGACACAACUACGCCAAUGCCUUGGAGAUGCCCGGUAUCUGGACUUGAUGGAACUACGAAAUGUCAGGGUGCAGUCCAAAGAGGAGCCCAUUCCCAGCGGCAUGGAGGGCAAACCUACCCAGUUAUCUGGCCCAGUAGCGAGGGAAAGAAAGAGGGAAUGA